AUUUCCAGCUCCUUUCAAUCACACUUCCGGGUUGGUUUGUUGUGUUUCUACGUUGAUCAUGGCUGCAGAAGGCGAUUUUCUGGCGAGAUACCGUACAGUGUCAAAUAAACUGAAAAAACGUUUUCUCCGAAAGCCAAAUGUAGCGGAGGCGAGUGAGCAGUUUGGUCAGCUAGCCAAGGAGCUAAAGCAGCAGGACUGCCUUCAGUAUGCUGCCUUCUGUAACCUCGCCAUGGCUCGGUGUGAGCAGACCCUUUUUAACGCCCCUGGAGAGGCGCUGGCAUUAACCGAUGCUGCCCGCCUCUUUCUCUCCUCUGAGAAGGAGAACAGGGCGCUGCAGGCUCCUGGAUUUGAUGAGCACCUUCAGGCUGCAUUAAACUGCUACAGCUUCGCUAUCAAGGUGUACAUUGAGAUGAACCAGCCUGUGAUGGCAGCCAGCUUAUGUCUAGAACUUGGCAAUGCGCUCAAGGAGAUGAACAGACCAGGAGAGGCUAUUGUUCAUUAUCAGCGGGCUGCAGAAUUACAGACACAGACUCCAAUAGAAGCUCUGCUGUCAAUGGGAGAAAUGGCCACGUGUAAAAUUCUCACCCGUGACUAUGACGGUGCUUUGUCAGUGUUCACAGAGAUGCAGCUGAUGUGUCAGGAGAGAGGACUGCAGCUACCAGGCACCAGCACACCUGUUGGUGCAUUUCUGGAUAUUGUCGCAAAAUGUGAGAUCUCCAGGGUUCUACUGCUGAUGUUGCUUGAGCCUCCGCCUCAGAAGUUGUUACCUGAACAUGCCCAGACCCUGGAGAGAUACGCAUGGGAGUCCUUUGACCCUCACAGCCAAGUGACCUUCCUGCCUGAGAAUGUUUUCCUGCUCCUGCAGUCAGUGGUGAUGGCGUGUCAGGAGAAAGAUACAGAGUCCCUCAAGUCUCUCCAGACUGAGCUAUGGCCGUUGCUGACUGCAGAGCAGAAUCAUCUUCUCCACCUGGUGGUUCAGGAGCGCAUCACACCGUCUGGACAAGGCAUCUAGUACAGUCCAGUUUUUACUGACUUCCUCUGGGACAGAUGCUUUAUAUAACAGAACAUUCUUGUUUCUGACUGGGUCUGUUGUAAGGCCUGAAGAAGUGUUGUUUUCAAAAACCUGUGUUGUAGCUUGCACUCAGAAUCACACAUAACAGCAAACUUUGCUUUUGUAAGGCAAAGAUGUGCAAAUAGAGAAAUCGAUCUGUAGAAAUUGAAAUACUGUUUUCAUUUAGCUUUUGUUGUGCUUCUAUAUGAGUGAAGAUGAAAGAACUUUACCAACUCAAACCUAUUUAUUACCUUACAGUGACUGUUGUGGAUAUAGUUGCUACAGUUUAGACACAGGCUUUGUGAUAUAAUUUGUUUUAUUAAUUAAUUAUAUGGCUUAAAUUCCAAUGUAAUUACAAACAAAACUUUCUAUUGCAUAGUUGUGAAAUAUGGUGAUAUGAAACACCAUGGUCCCUAUUCCUUGUUCACUUUAGGCUCACUUGAACAGCAUGUACUUUUCUUAUGAUAGCAGCCAACUACAGACACAAAAUCAAAUAUAGUUUAAAAAAACACUCAGUACAAAAUGUUACAAAAAUAUAAUGGUUACAAUUUACAUUGAAUAACAAAGGAUACACUAGACUUCAGUUGUAAAAUAAUGAUACAUGAUUAAAACUACUUGUACUGAAAAUAAAGGCUUGUC